CUAGCAUUGCGAAGCGUCAUAUGGACGUACCCUCCGCCGACCGUGAGGGGUCGUGGUUGCUCAGUUAGUGGGCCUCGAGUCUCCUAAUCGACUGCAUGGCCCUGGGACGUUGAUGGCGUCGUAUGAGGAAUAGCGCCUCAGCGCAGCACAACCGCCGGAUUCUGGUCAAGUUCACGCGCAAAGACUUGCCCAGUCUGGGCUUCACAUCACUGUCGAACACCUUGUUCCAGAAACACCCCAGCAUCUUUGACCAGUACCACUGGGACGAAGAACUAGUACUAGAUGAACUCGUCAUGCGCCGUGUCCUUAUUCAGAGCGCUACCUCCACGUACAAGAAGGAGAACAAGGUAGAUAUUACGAUUAGCCUCUCGGAUAAUUCGAGAUGGUGGGUAACAUGUCGGCUGUGGUCAUCGGCACAGUGGCGAGCUUAGUUACGUCUAGGUCCAAGACGUAGGGUGGCAAGCAGGGUGCUGGACCUAAGCUGCUUUGAACCACCGUCAAGCUGUACGACGCUUUCUGCGUUGACAAAGCGGACC